UCGCCGCCAGCCGCCGCCGCCGCCGCCGCCGCCGCGCCACCAGUGUCAGCCUCCCCCGGGAGACUCCAUUUGCUCUCAGGGCGGUGUGGCCGCCGCGAAGGCGGGCGGAGAGCGAUGCCCCCGGCCCGCGGCCUGGCGUCCCCCGGGCCCAGCGCCCGCCCGCUCGCUGCCUGGCUGCGGCGGUGACAGCCUGGUCGCUGGCGUCCACGGAGGAAUCCGGGCUCCCUCCCCGUGCGCGGAGACGUCCUGCGUUCCGGAGCUCGCCCUGCGGGGAGAGGCCCUCGCUAACGCGGCUGCUCCCUGCCCUCUUACUCUCAGGAGGUUUCCGAGGCUCCGAGUGCCUAGACAGCCCCCAACAGGAACUUGGCCCAUCGAGGAUCAUCUUUCACCAGGAUUAUUGUAACAUCUUCACUGAGCCUUCCCCCCACUCCCCUCUGAGACCUGAUUUCUGCCAAUGAAGUUUUCCGAUGCUUUCUUUCACCAUGGGGCACCACUUAUUGUUCACCUUUUUCCGUUUCAGUUGCCCAACACAUUAGGUAGACGUUUGUGUUGUGUUAAAGUACAAAGUUGCUGCCUGUCCACUUUCACCUCAUUCGCACUGCUCCCGUCUGUCCAGCUUGCCUUAUCUUGCUUGCCUACGACGUCCAUAACUGCUCACUUGCGUAAUCUAUAGCAUUCCUCUCCCGAAAGGCAGCCUUCCGUACAGCGCACAGCCCCACAAAGACAGCAGCAGUCAGGGGGCCGAGCUUUCCCAUUACAUCUUCCUAUCUGUUGAAGUAAGUCUGCACGUCUCGUCUGAAGCUGUUCCCUAGCCCCUUUCCCUAAAUACCCCCGCCUAAGUCUUAGUUCCUUUGACCUGGAGCCUCACCUGUAACAAGGGCGAGAGGAAUUCAGUUUGCAAUAGGACUGUUGUAGAGCCCUUGCGGGUGCCCUAUUGGUUGCCAUCUCUACGGAGAUUACAGUUCAUGAAAAGACCUUAAACUCAGCGAGGAGGAAGCGAGAUAGAAGGUAGGAUUAACGGGAGCUAGUCCUUGUGGAAGGACCUUUGUAAGUUUUGCAACAGCAGAGUGAAGAGACUUACCCAGGCCUUCGCCUGGAAAUUGGCCAGUACCCUGUCCAUCUAGGUUCCUGGGAGACGGGGAAGGGAUCUUAAAACUCCAUUUUCUCGUCUCCUUGUGUUCAAACUGUCGUUCAAUCUCCUGUUCCGGUAAAUAUAAAAUCCUGGAUGCAAAAUGCUGGGGAAACGGAAGCGUGUGGUGUUGACAAUUAAGGACAAGCUUGACAUUAUCAAGAAGCUGGAGGAAGGCAUCUCUUUCAAAAAACUUUCUGUGGUGUAUGGAAUUGGUGAGUCCACAGUUCGUGAUAUUAAAAAGAACAAGGAAAGGAUAAUAAACUAUGCAAACAGCUCAGAUCCUACAAGUGGGGUCUCCAAACGGAAGUCAAUGAAGUCAUCAACCUAUGAGGAGCUUGACAGAGUUAUGAUCGAGUGGUUCAACCAACAGAAAACAGAGGGGAUUCCGGUGUCUGGAACGAUUUGCGCAAAACAAGCCAAGUUCUUUUUUGACGCUCUGGGGAUGGAAGGUGAUUUUAAUGCAUCGUCUGGCUGGCUGACUCGGUUUAAGCAGCGCCACGGUAUUCCAAAGGCUGCUGGUAAAGGAACAAAAUUAAAAGGAGAUGAAACCGCUGCCCGUGAGUUUUGUGGUAACUUUCAGGAAUUCGUUGAGAGAGAGAAUCUACAACCUGAGCAGAUUUAUGGAGCUGAUCAAACUGGAUUGUUUUGGAAAUGCCUCCCCUCAAGGACAUUAGCUUUUGAAACCGAGCAGAGUGCUUCUGGUUAUAGGUCAAGCAGAGAGAGAAUUAUUAUUAUGUGUUGUGCAAAUGCCACAGGUUUACACAAACUUAAUCUUUGUGUGGUGGGAAAAGCCAAAAAACCUCGUGCAUUCAAAGGAGCUGACCUUUCAAACCUUCCUGUCACUUAUUUCAGUCAAAAAAGUGCAUGGAUAGAACACUCUGUUUUCCGACAGUGGUUUGAGAAAUACUUUGUGCCACAGGUACAGAAACAUUUGAAAUCCAAGGGGCUUCUAGAAAAAGCCGUGCUGCUUUUGGAUUUCCCCCCAGCGCAUCCAGACGAAGAACUGCUGAGGUCAGAUGACGGCAGAAUAAUUGUGAAAUAUUUACCGCCAAAUGUCACCAGUCUCAUUCAGCCUAUGAGCCAAGGCGUUCUAGCCACAGUGAAAAGAUACUACCGAGCAGGACUUCUCCAGAAAUACGUGGAUGAAGGAAUUGACCCCAGAAUGUUCUGGAAGAACUUGACCGUGUUAGAUGCAAUUUAUGAAGUGUCAAGGGCGUGGAACAUGGUAAAGUCAAGCACCAUAACCAAAGCCUGGAAAAAACUCUUCCCUGGCAGCGAAGAGAGCUCAGGCAUGAACAUUGACGAAGGAGCCAUUUUAGCGGCUAACUUAGCCACCGUUUUGCAAAACACAGAAGACUGCGAACAUGUUGACCUUGAGACUCUCGACCAGUGGUUUGACUCCCGGAGCAACGACUCGAGCUGUCAGGUGCUGACUGACAGCGAAGGUGCCGAGGACCCGGCCAAGCCUGCCGAGCACAAGCCUUCCAGCAAGAUGCGAAGAGCAGACCUGAAUCCAGAGAAGCACAUUAGCCAUAAAGCUGCCCUCGAAUGGACCGAGAAUUUACUGGAUUAUCUAGAACAGCAAGAUGACAUGCUUCUGUCGGAUAAACUGGUCCUGCGGAGGCUUCGAACCAUAAUAAGAAGGAAACAGAAGAUCCAGAAUAACAAGAGUCGUUAAGAGUGCGCGGAAGGGUUUCCGUGUGUUUGCAUCUUUGUGACUUUAUCUGCAGUGGAACUUAUUUUCUUGUUUGAAGUGCUGUGGAUUUCCAGGCCAAAUGCAUUUUAUAAAUGAUUUUAGGAUUAGAUGCCGUUUUGGAUUUACUUAAAUGACUGCGCUUUGGUGUCGAUUCUAGGACGUGAGCAUUGACAUGUACUUUGUUUAGCUCCUGUCUCUAAUCUGUGUUAUACUAAUUCGACCGUAAGGUCCCUGAGGCCACGGAUCUCAUGACUGUUUCGUGCCUGAAUUUCAUUGUCUAAUAGAGGACCGUGCACUCUCUAGGCAAUCAAUAAAUCUUACUUCAAUUUUUA